CUAAAGUAAAUGCAUAUUUUACUAUCAACCCCUACAGCAAGGCCUUAGAAAAUACAAGGGACAUUGAAUGUGAUCGUGCCGAUAUUGAGGGAAAUUCACAAAAUGGACCAGUUGUGAGAUUACCUUUUGCAUCCCUAUUUGAUACCCUUGGCAUGUGCUUGGCUGAUGAGACUGGUGUCUUUUUACUUUACUCAUUGCUGCAAGGGAACUCUGACUUUUUGGAGUAUGUACUGGUGCGAACUGAUUUGGAUACAUUGUUGAUGCCCAUCUUGGAAACAUUAUACAGUGCUUCGAGGAGGACAUCAAAUCAAAUAUACAUGUUGCUGAUUAUACUCCUCAUACUUGGUCAAGAUUCUUCAUUCAAUGCAAGCAUUCAUAAGAUGAUGCUGCCUGGUGUUUCAUGGUACAAAGAUCAUCUCCUUCAUCAGACAUCUCUUGGUUCCCUGAUGGUCAUAAUUUUGAUAAGGACCGUCCGGUAUAACUUGUCAAAGUUGCGGGAUGUCUAUCUUCAUACUACUUGUCUUGCAACGUUGGCAAAUAUGGCACCUCAGAGACUAGUCAGCCUCUUCUAUAUGCUUUCACGCAAGUACAACAAAUACGUAGAGACUAGGGAUGAUAAAUUGCAAACCAAAACCAUCUCAACAGUGGACGGCCUUGUGGAAGAAAUGUCUGCAGAGUUGCAAAGUUAUACCGACUUCCUGAGAAUUGUCCUAGAAAUAUUAAAUGUAAUUUUGACAUAUGCACGGCGGCGGAUUGCUUAG